AUGAUGAAUAACGGACGUUCUAAGUUUACUGUACGUUUUACACCAUUUACAACAUAUAAACGGUUUAAUAAUGAAACAGAUCAAUUAUUUCUUCAUUACGAAGAAGAAAAAGAAAGACAUACGUCUACUACUCAUGGUAUUACAGCACUUGAAGCAGCUUUGAAUGUUACUAAUGCAAUUCAAGGAAUGUUUCUGGUCAGUUUACCAUAUUCAGUUUAUCAUGGUGGAUAUUGGUCUUUACUUGCUUUGAUUGUCGUUGCUUGGAUAUGUACUUACACGGGACAAAUACUUAUUUCAUGUCUUUAUGAGCCAAGUCCAUCAACAGGAUUACUGAUGAAAGUACGACAUUCUUAUGUUGAUAUUGCUGAAACUGUUUGGGGAAAACGUUUUGGUGGACGAAUAUUAUUUAUCGCUCAAAAUAUUGAAUUAUUGAUGACUUGUAUUCUUUAUUUAGUUCUGUGCGGUGAAUUACUUGCAGGAAGUUUUCCACAAUUUCAAAUUCCUGUUCGAUAUUGGAUAUGUUUAUCUUGUUUAUUUACUCUUCCAUAUUCAUUUAUUCGAAGUCUUCGUCUUGUAUCACGUUUUAGUGCUGGUAAUGCUGUAGUUCAUUUAAUAAUAAAUAUGAUUAUAAUAAUAUAUUGUCUUACACAAGCAUCAAUGUGGGAUUGGUCUAAAAUUCAAUUACGUAUAAAUAUAGCUUCAUUUCCAACAUCAUUAGGUAUUAUUGUAUUUAGUUAUACAUCUCAAAUAUUUUUACCAACAUUAGAAGAUAAUAUGCGUUAUCCACAUCAAUUUAAUGCCAUGCUUGUAUUAUCUCAUGUUAUAGCUGCAGUAUUUAAAACAGGUUUUGCUUUAAUUGGUUUUUUAACAUGGCAAGAACAAACAUCUGAAGUAAUAACAAAUAAUUUACCAACACAACAAUUGCGUAUUGUUAUUAAUUUAACAUUAGCAAUAAAAGCACUUCUAUCAUAUCCAUUACCUUAUUUUGCUGCAUGUGAACUUAUUUUACCGAAAUUUUCUCUAUCUAAUGAAAUGACAACAUGGAAAACAAUUUUAGCCCGAAUUAUUCUUAUUUUAAGUACACUUAUUAUGGCAUUAUGUAUUCCACAUUUUGCUCAAUUAAUGGGUCUUAUAGGAAGUAUUACUGGAGUAUUUCUUUCUUUAGUAUGGCCUUGUUAUUUUUAUUUAUAUUUAAAAAAUUAUGCACUUUCAUGGACAACAAUAUUUGGAAAUUUAUCAAUUAUUAUUUUUGGUUUUAUGUGUACAAUAUCGGGUAUUAUUGAUUCAUCAAGAGAAUUAGCAAAAAAAUUUUGA